AUGUUCAAGAAGAUUAAUAAUGUGUUUCGACCCAACCAUCACAGACACAGAGGGCAGGGUGGUGGAGGUGAGUUUCAGUCUGACUACCACAAUGCCUGCACCGUUCGGCUGGUGCGCAGCACCUCUGUGCUCGUGGUGGGAGAGAAAACUCAGACGGCUGUGGGCUCAUCUUUAAAGCGCAGCAAAAGUACAGUGAGCAUUGGGUCGACCUUGUACUAUUAUCAGAGACAAGAGGACAGGAUAUGGCUGUAUUCUCAGAAUCAGAACUGCCUGGAGUACUUGGAAGCACUUGUGGCUUUGAGACGGCAAUACACAAAGAGUGUGAGUGACCUGAAGAGUAAGGACAGCGAGGCCUCAGUGAUCUCCACGAAGCUUGCACCUCCGCCACCUAAUAAGGAAGAGCCGAUAUCAAGAGCCAGAUCCUCUGCGCCCCAUGUCUCCAGCGAGGAGGACACUUUGCAGUUCUUUGAUGCGGUCAUCGCCAGCUGUGACAGGGAACCUCCGCGCAAGCCUUACAUGGAUGAUGGACAUGCUGACGUGGAUUUCAUAGUUGCCUCCAGCUCAGCUGAACACGACCUUCACUCGAACUGGGUCUUGCGGGUUCCUCGGGUCGCGGAUGACUCCAAGCAGAACGCUGUUCCUGACUGUGCCAAUGAAAGAGUCCCAAAGAAGAAAAACCAGAGCGGGUCCACAAGCAGCAGACUGCGACUUCAGAGGAACCCAAUCCACCUGCCCAAAGUGGUGGAGAGUGCGUUCCAGACUCUGCGCUUCAAGCCCAAAUUAAAAAAGCACUGAAGCUCGAUAGACAUUUGAAACCACCAGCACUGCUGAGAUG